CAGACGCGACGAGCUGCUCUGGUCGCCCGCUCGGAUUGGCCGCCUGCCUCAUCCUCCUGUCCUCCCUCCUCCGACCUCGGUUCUCGCGCAGCGGCGUCCCCUGCUCCGUCCCCUGCUCCCUCGAUUCAAAAUUCUGAAUCUUUUCUCGUCUCAAUCAAUUCCGUUCCGUUGUCGUCUCCUCCCUGCAGUUCUUGACUUCGAGUUACAGUAGUAAAGGAGGACUCCAGCUUCUCUGAGCUGGAUAGUGCGGCCAUCCCCUUCCGGGACAUCUCACCUCACCGGCCUUGGUUCCAACAGCUGCCCACCUUUCUCUUCCCCACAGUUCUGGAGCUGAGCUCCGCGAAGUCCACCCAAAAUUCUAGCGAUUCCUUCUCCUUCUCCAAGGUUGCUGCGCUCGCCGGGUUCCCGGCCGAAAGAAUCGAUUCCCUCGCGGUCCUGUCCGGCUCGCAUUGCGCUGAUGGCGAGGCUCGCCGCGGCGCUGCUGGUGGCGCUGUGCAGCCUGUGCUGGGCGGCGGCGCCGGUGGCGGAGGCGCUGGGGAUGAACUGGGGCACGCAGGCGUCGCACCCGCUGCCGCCCAAGGCGGUGGUGCAGGUGCUCCGCGACAACGGCAUCAAGAAGGUGAAGCUCUUCGACACCGACUCCGCUGCCAUGAGCGCGCUCGCCGGCAGCGGCAUUGAGGUCAUGGUCGCCAUCCCCAACAACAUGCUCGCCGACCUCGCCGCCGACGCCGGCAAGGCCAAGGACUGGGUCAAGCGCCACGUCAAGCGGUACGACUUCGACGGCGGCGUCACCAUCAAGUACGUGGCUGUUGGCAAUGAGCCGUUCUUGGAGUCGUACAACGGCUCGUUCAUCAAAAUCACCUUCCCGGCGCUGCAGAACAUCCAGAACGCGCUGAACAACGCUGGCGUCGGCGACAGGAUCAAGGCCACCGUCCCGCUGAACGCCGAUGUGUACAACUCCCCGGCCAGCCACCCGGUGCCGUCGGCGGGGCGGUUCCGCAGCGACAUCUCCGGCCUCAUGACGGACAUCGUCAAGUUCCUGGCCAAGAACAACGCGCCCUUCACCGUCAACAUCUACCCGUUCCUCAGCCUGUACCUCAACGACAACUUCCCGCUGGACUACGCCUUCUUCGACGGCGGCGCGACGCCGGUGAACGACAACGGCGUGCUGUACACCAACGUAUUCGACGCCAACUUCGACACGCUGGUGGCGGCGCUCAAGGCCGUCGGCAACGGCGACAUGCCCGUCAUCGUCGGCGAGGUCGGCUGGCCCACCGACGGCGACAAGCACGCCAAGGCGUCCUACGCGGAGCGCUUCUACGCCGGGCUGCUCAAGCGGCUGGCGGCGAACACGGGCACGCCGGCGCGGCCGAACCAGUACAUCGAGGUAUACCUGUUCGGGCUCGUCGAUGAGGACAUGAAGAGCGUGGCGCCGGGCAACUUCGAGCGGCACUGGGGCAUCCUCCGGUACGACGGGCAGCCCAAGUACGCGAUGGACCUCGCCGGGCAGGGGCGGAACGCGAUGCUGGUGCCGGCGAAGGGGGUCAAGUACCUGCCCAAGACGUGGUGCGCGCUGAACCCGAACGCCAGGGACCUCGGCAAGCUCGGCGCCAACAUCGACUACGCGUGCACCUUCGCCGACUGCACGCCGCUGGGCUACGGCUCGACGUGCAACGGCAUGGACACCGCUGGCAACGCCUCGUACGCGUUCAACGCCUACUACCAGGUGCAGAACCAGAAGGACGACGCCUGCGACUUCCAGGGCCUCGCGCUGCCCACGGAGAAGGACCCGUCCACGGCGACCUGCAACUUCACCAUACAGAUCCAGGCCGGGGCGGCGGCGCUGCACGGCCGGAGCGCUGGCGCGGCAGCGGCGGCCGCGGUGCUCUUGGCGUUGCUGCAGCUCCUGGCGCUGCGGUAGUGCUAGUAGAUGCCGCUGCCGCUGCCGCGAGCUGCGACCAGUGGAAGUUUUGUCAUUUGUGAUUACGUGUCCGAAAGAUCAACGUGCCCGGUUGAUUUUGUUGCAAUUUUUUCAUGACUUUUUGGACUGGAUUUAGAUGCAUGUAUUCUAGGAUGCAAUGGAUGUGAUUAUUUUUUUUCAUUACAUUUUUUGUGGUUAUUGUACAAUGUUCUUUUGUACCAGCUGUUCAUAAAAUUGUAGGUUGAGAAAGCCA